AAGAAAUGCCCUUCUCUCUCUAAAACCCUCUCUCUCUCUCUCUCUCUCUCUCUCGCUCUAUAUGAUUACGUACAGAUCAGGCCGAGCUUUCCCUGCGCUUCGAUUCCUAUAGAGAGCUCCAGCUCUCUCUUCGUGAAGCUCAAUUUCUAGGGUUCUAGCAAGCGCCGGCGGGCUCGUACUUCGAUGUCGACCGCGUCGUCUUCUUCUUUAUCCUCCAACUGCUGCUACAAUUCCGAGUGCGGCGAAUUGAAGUCGGAGCACCCCCGGAAGGCCUGGCGCCUCCGCACCGGUGACUGCGCCGAGCUCUGCGAUCGAUGCGCUGUCAUAUACGAUGAUGGAAUAUUCUGUGAGACUUUCCAUUUGAAAGCUUCUGGGUGGAGGUGUUGUGAGUCAUGUGGAAAGCGGGUUCAUUGUGGAUGUAUCGUUUCAGCUCAAGCCUUUACCUUGUUGGAUCCUGGAGGGAUUGAGUGUGUAACAUGUGCGAGGAAACAAAUUAUUUUGACAUCAAAUUCAGCAUGGCCACCAACUAUGUUCUUUAAUUCACCUUUAUCUGAAAGACGGAAGGACAUGUUUGGCAAAAAUUGGACUCAGUUAGCUGGAUCUGGUCCUGUACCAUGGAGGCAGGCACCCAAUUUAUUUAAUUCUUCAGUUUCUUCAUCUGAGCUGCAUACGAGGGUGCCAUAUGGUAUUGAUGGUUCAAUGGGAGUCAAUAAACUUAAUUCCGGUGAAAGAAUAUCAGUCCAACCAUUGGAAAAGAAGAAAACUGAUGAUUUUUCUGAAAGACUAUUGAAAGUGAACCUUGCAAUUGGCACAUCAGUUAGUUUUGAAAAUGGGAACGCAGGAAAUAAUUGCAUGGAACAAAGUACUUCAUGUGUAAAUAUAUCUCAACAGCCGGUCUCUUUGACGGAGGAACCAUCUACUCCACAAUUUGUCCUGUCUGCUCCUUAUGUAUCAGCAAGUGAGACAAACGGUCAACCAAAUGGUCAGAUGUUGGCUACAGGAACCAAUUUGCGGCCUAUCCUUCCUGUGGUAAAGCAGUUUCAUGGUACUUUAUAUAAUGGAGUCGAAUUGUCGAUUGAUAGUCAGAUCCGCAAUGGAAGGCUUCGAGCAGAUCCCAGAGGAAGACUUCCACGAUACUGGCCUAGGUUUACUGAUCAAGAGCUACAACAAAUGUCCGGAGAUUCAAAUUCUGUCAUUACUCCAUUAUUUGAGAAAAUGUUGAGCGCAAGUGAUGCUGGGAAGAUUGGACGUCUGGUGUUGCCAAAAAAGUGCGCAGAGGCCUACUUCCCACCGAUUUCUAGUCCCGAAGGAUUACCACUUGUAGUGCAAGAUUCAAAAGGCAAGAAUUGGGUAUUUCAGUUUCGCUUCUGGCCCAACAAUAAUAGCAGAAUGUAUGUUUUGGAGGGCGUUACUCCUUGCAUACAGUCUAUGCAAUUGCAAGCAGGCGACAUAGUGACAUUCAGUCGAUUAGAUCCUGGAGGGAAGUUGGUUUUGGGGUGCAGAAGGGCUUCAACUACUCCAUCUGAUCAGGAAAAUGAUUCAAAGAAGAUGGGGAAUGGAAUUUCAGCCCGCGUUGAUGUUAGUAUAACAGAUACUAACUCUGGUGAAGUUUUUUCAAAUGCUGAAUUGGCAGAUCCCUUUACAUUCCCCAAAGGUGAUACAUCUGGUUACGUAUCAAAAGAUGUAGAGGGAGCUAAAUCUUUGAUCCAUCGGAAAAGGAAAAAUAGCACCUUGGGUUCUAAGAGUAAGCGCCUGAAAAUUGAAAAGGACGAUCUGAUAGAGCUGAAGAUAACAUGGGAAGAAGCUCAAGGACUGCUUCGACCUCCUCCUAACCGUGUUCCUACUGUUGUGGUGAUUGAAGGUUUUGAGUUUGAGGAAUAUGAGGAUGGUCCGAUUCUUGGGAAACCGACACUUUUCACUAAGGGAAGUAAAGGUGAGAAGAUUCAGUGGGCACAAUGUGAAGUCUGUUGCAAGUGGCGCAAAUUGCCUGUUAAUGCUCUUCUUCCCUCAAAGUGGACUUGCUCGGAUAAUUCAUGGGACCCUGAUAGGUCUUUGUGUUCAGCAGCUCAAGAGUUGACAACAGAGCAGCUUGAAGAUCUGCUUCCACGUAGUAGUUCAGUUCCUCCUAAGAAUAUAAAGGCCGCUAAACAAGACCCAGAUAACAUAGCAGCGUUGGAAGGGCUUGAUACACUGGCAAACCUAGCUAUCUUGGGAGAGAGUGAGUCACUCUCAGCAUCAGCGCAGGCCACAACAAAGCACCCCCGACAUAGGCCUGGAUGCUCAUGCAUUGUCUGCAUCCAGCCCCCCAGUGGGAAGGGUCCUAAACACAAGCAAACAUGCAUCUGUAAUGUAUGCUCGACAGUAAAGCGCCGCUUCCGUACUCUAAUGAUGCGGCGUGAGAAAAAUAAGUCGGAGAAAGAAGCAGAAACCACACGAAAAAAGCAGCACCAACAGCAAUUACUAGAGGACGACACCCUCUUAAGUGGCCACAUAGGAGGCAGCAGUCCAAAUAACAGAGUGGAGAUCCUCGACCUUUCUGAUGAUGACGUUAAUAGGACUAAAUCUCCAACUCCACCUUAUAAAGGCCAAAUUGACCUGAACAUCCAGCCAGAGCGGGAGGAAGAUCUAUCACCUGGCUCAGAUUCUGGUGGCAUGAUAAAGUUGCUUCAAGAUGCCACAGAAAGAUAUCUGAGGCAGCAGAGGCAGAGUUUAUCUUCAGCUUCUGGCGUUGACAGAUCAUUGGGCAACAAGUCACUGCUAGCUGGAAGUGAAGCAGGGGGAGAACCACUUGGCAACAUCGCAAUUCUCGCGAAUGGCAAUCAUGAUGGUGGAAAUGAUCACCCUCCAACUUUAUCUGUCAAAGCAUCUGCUUCAAUGACAUUUACGUGAUAAAAUCAAUGGAGCCAUUGUGGAAUGAUACGUCAAUCAUCAAUGGGUUGUUGGUUCUGAACUCGUUAUAGUUUCCGUUGUACAUUCAUCAUCGACAUGGCGUCUCAGGUUGUACAGAAAGAAGAGAGGUAGGAAGAAGGCGUCUGGGAAACUAUAGCUGGGGAUAUGUUGUGUUCUCUAAAGUAAUAUAAACGGUAAUAUAUAGAGAAAUGAUAACUGCAAUUUCGUAACUGUAGUUUCUUUUUUAGAGGCUAAAUCACCCGGCUGUCUAGUGCAGUGACAUUGAGGAUGUAACUUAUACAUCUCCUUUUGGGUCGCAGUAGUGGAAGUAGCAUUCACCAAUUGGGUAUUUUACUUUUUGGGAUGCAAGUGUUUAGCAUAUAUCAAUCAAUUGAUUAUCAUAUUGUUGAUUUCAA